AUGGGACAAACUCUUGUUGUUCUCAAGCGACUCUCCUCCGGCCUCGCCUCAGGCGUAGCAGGUGUCUUCAAAACCGUCGGACUGUUUUUUGUCGACUUCGCGCUCUUCCUCUUCAACCUGCUCACGCCUGAUAGAAAGAAAGGAGCCGUGAUACCAAAGGGAUGCCCUGGAUACGGAGGCAAGUGGCCGGAGUAUGUGCCGCCUCAGGCAGGCGAUAGUCGCUGCUCGUGCCCUGCGCUCAACGCCCUUGCCAACCACGGCAUCCUGCCCCACAAUGGGCGCGAUAUCAGCUUCAAAGACCUGAACACCGUCGUUCGCCAGUCGUACAACUUCUCGCCCACGUUCUGCAAGUUUGUCCCAAGCUACGCUGCCAACAUGCUCAGCCGCGAUUACAACACGGACUUUUUCGACCUUGCUGAUCUCGACGCGCACAAUUGCAUCGAGCAUGACGCAUCACUCUGCCGGCUCGAUGUGCACGAAGAACCUGACCAAGGGAAAAUUGCGCAUGAGCUUGUUGAGCGCUUGCUGACACGCGGCACGGGCCCGAAUGGCAAUCUCACGAAGAAGGACCUUUCUCGUCUGCUAGGCGAGCGCCGCGUCGAAGCAAAAAGGGCCAAUCCAAAGUACAGCCAGGCCUUCAUUCACAAGAUGUUUGGCUCGUCCAACUCGUCCACACUCCUCACCAUCUUCGGAGGUCAGAUCGAUGACAUCCGGACGAUACUCACGGAGGAGCGCAUCCCUGACGGUUGGGAGCCCCGCAUCCGUCACAGGAUGGGGCUCACGAUACUCGAGUUCAACAACACCGUGCUGCCGGUCGAGCUCGGCGUUAAGGAAGAAGUGGAUGGGUCGAUCAACGUGGCGGGUCGGGAGCGAUAUGACGCGGUGCAGAAAAAAUAG